AUGGCGUACACAAAUGUCCUGGCGGAUGCUCUCAAGAGCAUCAACAGGGCUGAGAAGGGAGGCAAACUCCAGGUCCUCAUCGGGCCACGCUCCAACGUCAUCAUUCGGCUCCUAACUUUGGUGAUUCAGUAUAGGUGCAUUGAUGAACUUGAGAUCACUAAUGAUCAUAGAGCUGGGGAAAUCCUUGUGGACAUCUCAGGCAGGCUGAACAAGUGUGGAGUGAUCAGCCCUAGAUUUGAUGUGCAACUCAGAGGCCUAGAGAUAUGGAAGGGCAAUCUGCUUCUGUCCUGUCAGUUCAUCUGCAUUGUACUGACAACUUCAGCCUACAUCAUGGACUAUGAAGAAGCAACAUGA